CCAUGGGAAGCCCCCAGUAAUGCCCUAUGUCCCACUUGAUGCAGACCCAGAACCCCGAGUGAGGAUAGUGCCAGUGGACAGAACGGCCCGCGCCAGAAUGGAGGCACUCAGGGUUGUCCUCCUGGUCUUGCUGAUAAGUGGACAGUCAGCAGGGAGCAGGUGGGCCCAAGAAGAAGAUGACGACGUGGACUUGGGGUCCGAGAGCUACGGCUACGAUGACGACUACGAAGAGGAGGAAGAAGAGGAGAUCCCGGAAAGCAGGGACAGAGAAUCCCUACAGUGCUACAAGUGCCCGUUGCUACAUAGUGGAGAGAGCUGCAACCAGACACAGAGCUGCUACCACAGCCACAACUUCUGCAUCACGUUAGUCUCCCAUGGCAACACUGACAAGGGUCCCCUGACCACCUAUUCCAUGUGGUGUACCAAGACCUGCAGACCCUUCACCACGACCGUGUCAGGCACCCAGAUGAUCAAGACCUGUUGCCAGUCCAAACUGUGCAAUAUUCCACCCUGGCAGAGCCCCCAAGUCCAGGACUCUCCGGGUGGCUGGGCAGGCAGCCCUGUGGAUAGUGGAAUCAGAGAUACUCAAGAUGGCAUUGCACGUCCCCCCAUGGAUCGUGGAACCAGAGAUCGUCAAAGUAGCAGGGUUGACCCUCCCCCGGUUGUCAAGGUUGUCCCUCCUCAGAGUGGUGGGGCUAGCUUGCCCAAGGAUAGCAGGGAUGGCCAUCCCCAGGACAGUGGGGCAGGAUGCCCUCCAGGCUGGCCCAAAUUUGGCAAUACAGUCUUCCUGCUCAGCCUUCUCACUAGUCUAUGGGCAUGAGGGGCCUGAAGACCUACCCUUCUCCUACCAGGAUACCCUGACCCCUUCCCCACAACCAGCUUCAGAGAAUAAACUUCAAUUUCUUU